UAAUAUUAUACCUAAUCGUGUAGAUACGGAAAAUAUUCGAUUUUUACCGAUUCCGUAGCAAUUUAACACCGUCGCACGCUACCCGUCACCGCAAACACCACACGCGCACACUUACACUCGCAUAGGUCACACACACACACACACACGUUCAGUAACGAACCGUACUAAGCGUUUAAGGUGCGGCUAGGCGUGGUUACUAUAGCGACAACACGGAGGUGUUGAAUCGACAUUUUUUUCUUCGCCUUUUCCAAUCACCACCGCCAGUAUAACAUACUCGCGCGUGUACCGUUAAUCGGCCUCGGGCUACUAUCCUUCCUACACUACACGAGUGGUCUGCCAUCGUACGCGUCGGCCGGAAUAAACGCGUGUGACGUUCGUCGCGCGGGUGUAACUGUCACGCCGCCAUCAUCAUGGCUGGGCUGGGCGACACGUCGGGCGACAUACAACCGGUGUCCGAUCACGCCAAGGACAUACUGCAGAUGACCCGCGACUCGGAGAUGAUGCAGAGCUACGUUCGGGUGGGCAAGUCAGACGAGUCGGACGACUGCGGCGGUGGAGGUAGCGAGGCGAAUGGCGCAUGCGUCGGCGGAGUCGGAGUCGGCUUCGGCCGAGGCGAAUCGGAUUCGGACGAUCUGGCCGGGACGACGGGCUACGCGGUAGGCGUCAUCGGUGCGGGCGCGGGCGACGGCCACGGGGGGUCGGGCGCCGGACGAGUCGGCCGGAAGGGCUGCAGGGCGACAGCGGGCCGGCGUCACGGGAGACGUAAGGGAGGUGCCGGCGGUGGUGGCGGCGGCGGCGGCGGUGGUGGUGGUUCUUUCGGGGGUGGCGGUGGUGGCGCGACCACGACGUUUGACGAGCUAACGGAAGAGUUCAAGACGCGCAAAUCGGGCACCGGCACUGGAGGUGGUGUCGGUGGUGGUGGCUUUGGUGGCGGCUGGGCCAAGCGGCACAAGCGCGACUCCCGAUCCAGGCUGCUCGAAGAGGUGUACACGGACAAGGACCGGGCGGCCGCCGUAAACCUGGGCACGCGCGACAUCAAAGCGUCGUUGCGCAUGAAACGGCGGCAGGAUCGGAACCGAACGCUGCACAUACCGUCCACGGCUGAGUCGCCCACCCUGUUGGCGCUGGCCCGGCACUGUAUCAACGAUGUGAACGUGUCGCUCGAGUUCAUCGAUAAGGCAUUGGAAUUGAGCCCCAAUGACAAAACGGCUUUGGUUUCUAGAAGCAAAUGUUAUUUGCUUCUCGGUCAACCACGUUUGGCAUUAAAAGACGCCGAAGUGGCGUUGAACGAAGACAGCACAUAUCUGAAAGCUAUUUAUCAAAAAGCGGAAGCACUGUACCAUCUUGGCGAUUUUGAACAUAGUCUCGUAUUUUACCACAGGGGACUCCACGUUCGACCGGAACUCGAACAAUUCAGGCUCGGCGUUCAAAAAUCUAGAGAAGCCAUCGAGAACGCUAUAGGAAAAAUGAAGGACACCGCCAUCGUGAUACAGCAAAUUGGUUGGGGAGACAAGCGUCAAGCGACCGUGGCUAGAACAGUCAAUGGAGGCGAUGUUGGCGUCGGCGGUAGCAGAGGAUCGACACCGGCUGUGACGGGGUCGACAACGAGGCGCAAGGAAGCAACAGCGUCGGCUGCUACUACCAAAAGCCAAUCGAAAAUGCUGCUUAGGGAAUUGUGCGUAGACAAGGAAUAUCUGGAACACUUGACAAUAGAUCCAAAUAUUGUGAGUGCCAUUCAAGAAAACGAUAACUAUAUACUCUCCGAGGCGAAAGAUGGCAUUAGUUUUUUGAACGGCCGAGAAGAAUUCUGGAAACAACAAAAACUUAUUAAUUAGUUUUCUGAGAUAGAUCCUAGAUCGAAAUGAAUCAGAUAUAGUUGUACUUAAAGUUUAGGUUAAAUACCAAUAUUAAUUAAAUAAUUUUAAUUUUUUUUUAUUUAUCUAUUAGUAAAUGUAAUAAUGCAUAAUACCUAUAAUUUAUAAGGCUAUAUAAUAUUGGUGUUAUGUUUUUAUUAAUUAAUUAAUUAAUAAUAAAUAAUAAUAUAGUUCAUAAAUUGUAUCUUUAAUCAUUCAUAUUAGUAUUUAAUAACUGUGCGAAUCCACUACUUGGCACUUGCCCAGCAAGAUUAUUUUAAAAAAACUCAGAAAAAUUUGCAAAAGACAGUGAUAAUGAGCUACAAUUUCUACCAGCAAUUGAAUAUGAAGUCAAUGUUUAUGAGAAUGACAGUAAAAAUGAAGAAGAAUAGAGUUUAGACAUUGAAAUUUAACAAAAAUUAAAAAUGCUUUGAAAUGUUCCAACAGUUUUUAAGGCAUUUAUAUUAUUAGGCAUGCAAUUUUCUAUAAUAGGUAUGCAGCAUGCAGGUCGAGUAAUGUGAAUUUAGUAAGGACUGUGGAGUGGAGCGCGCCCGAAUGUAUAAGCACAUAAUAUAUAUUAUUAUCAAAAUAUCAAAAACGCACUACGCACAUUUAUUUAUUAUUUUUUUUUUUAUUAAAGUAUCAAUCUUUUGCCAGUUAUAUUAAUUUGCCUAUAAACCUAUUUAUACAUUUCCGAAGUCAUAUUUAAAUUCGUUAUGCGAUUAUAAUAUUUAUAAUGUUUAGUAUUUCAAAAGAUAUUAACAUGUAAUAAAUAUUUUAAAUAAUUA